AUGGCAUAUAUACUAGCAAAUGACAAGAUCUUAAAAGAAUUAAAUACAGAAUUUUACCUAAUUUAUGGAGACAAGACUCAUACUGAGAACCUCUAUAAUCAUGAUAAGCAAGAAGGUAGAAUGGGGAAAAUCAGCUUUGCUUGGAACUGGAUAAAUGAUAUGUACAGAAGUAAGUUGAGGGAAAAGAUUUUUAUUAAAUAUUUCUACACCAAGCUAUUCAAAUGGAGAAAGUAUAAUUAUGAUCACAAUAAAGGACUGAAACCUGAGGGAUAAUAUGACAUUGAGCUUAAAGAUUUCUUUGGUAGCAUUAAUUUAUUAAUUGAGGGUCAUGAAGCAACUAAAUAUUUUAGAGAAUCGUGUCCUCAUGUAAAGUACAUCCACGGAGAAGUGCCUUUUAUUCAUGGCUUUGGAAAUAAGAUAGGUCAUUGUGAAGUUGACUCGCCAGAGUUAAAAUCAUUAAGAGCAGACUACUACGUAAUGUGCAGCUCACAAUAUUCAAUCUAAGUAUUUAGAUACAUAAGACAUAUCAUUCCAAUGAUUAGAUACUCUACUGAAUUGUUGUCAAAAUCUCUCAACUCUGAUAAGAAAGAAGCGUUGUCUAGAUAAUGUUUAAUAGGUAAAUAUUCCUUCUUGGUUCCUGAUGCUGCUCCAGUGCUGGGAAAAUGCUUUAGAUACAAGAAUUUGUAUUUAAACUUUGGAUGCUAAGACCAUAGAAUUGAAACUUAUAUCAGAAAUGCAGAGUUAAUAAGAGAUGAGUUAUUGAAGGAUCUAGGCCAUAACAAAGACAAAGAUUUGACUGAUCGAUCUUAACCAUAGAACCCCAACCUGCAGGCAAACUAUUUAUUCUACUCUAAACGAGACAGAGUUAGAAAUUUCAAAAAUAGAUAGCAAAAAUCUUCCUACAACAUCAUUUAAAACAGAGAAUUUCAAACACCAUAGAAUGCUGAUCAGGAUUUAGAGCAGCUUAAAUUAAAUCCAAGCAAAAGUACUUGCAUUAUAAAGUUUACAAAGCCUGCUGUGAUAUCUGGGUUAUCUAAGAAACUUGUUUUUGAUGAAACUGAAUACCUUAAAACACCAGAUAUUAAAAGGCAAUCGAGUUAAGCACCGAAAGGAAAAAGGAUUUCUUUAUUGUCAAGAACUGAUUCAAUGACAUAGCUGCUUAGAGGAGAUAAGAAAAUAUCUCCGGUUAGAGAGGUAAGCACUGAGAGAGAAAUGCGAAUUCAUAGAUACACUGACUCAUCAUUGAUGAGGGAAACUAUAAAUGAAUAUAGAGAUAAUGAUAAAACUUUCGGUGUGGUGAAUACCAAAUCUGUUACAAGAGAUAAAAUCAAUAUAAAUGUAGACUUCUAAGUUUGCAGACAAAAUCUUUGGAAAAUUAUUCCAUCUCCCAUGAAGUACACUGUUGGAAAUCAGACUCAUUAUUUGUAAUGA